AUGAUUAGGAGCCUGCUGCUGUCCGCUUUGGUGGCUGGAGCCCUCAGUUGUGGGGUCCCCACUUACCCGCCUUCUGUGACUAGGGUGGUUGGAGGUGAAGAAGCGACACCCAACAGCUGGCCCUGGCAGGUCUCCGUGCUAUACACCUCCAAUGGCAAUUGGUACCCCAUCUGCGGAGGGACCCUGAUAGCCAACAACUGGGUCCUGACGGCUGCCCACUGCAUCAGCGACAACAGGACCUAUGGCGUGGCGCUGGGACGGCACAACCUCUACAUUGGGGAGUCUGGCUCGCUGGUCGUCAGUGUCUCUCUGAUUGUGGUGCAUGCGAAAUGGAACUCCAGCAAUGUCUCCAAAGGGUACGACAUUGCCCUGCUCAAACUGGCUAACCCCGUCUCCCUCACCGACAAGAUCCAGUUGGCCUGCCUCCCUCCUGCCGGCGCCAUUCUACCCAACAACUACCCCUGCUACGUCACGGGCUGGGGAUAUCUGCAUACCAACGGGCCUGCUUCUGAUGUCCUGCAGCAGGGUCGGUUGUUGGUUGUGGACUAUGACACGUGCUCCAGCCCUGACUGGUGGGGCAGCACCGUGAAACCCUGUAUGAUCUGUGCUGGGGGUGAUGGCGUUACCUCCAGCUGCUUCGGAGACUCCGGCGGGCCGCUGAACUGUCAGGCAGCUGACGGCCGGUGGGAGGUGCAUGGCAUCGUCAGCUUUGGGUCUAGCCUCGGCUGCAACUACUACCACAAGCCCUCCGUCUUCACACGGGUCUCCAAAUACAUCGACUGGAUCAAUUCG